AUCCCAGUCAAGAUCCAUUGCAAAGCACUGCAGAGUGUCGAUACUCUUCUGUUCUUUCUCAUCCCAGGCCUCACUGCCACCCUGCUGUGGCACCUUCCUUCUCUUUUCCCCUCCUCUCCUCCCCCCAGUCCCACCACACCUUGCCUUUGUUCUGUUUUUGCAGGUCAUUUGUCUCCAGGCUUUGAGAUCUGCGUGGGGGGAGCUGUUGCAGCAGCCCAAGCCGCAGGAAUUGCUGAGACAGGAUGACCUGGCAGGGGCUGGUGCUGGCUGCCUGCCUCCUCGUGUUCCCCUCUGCCACAGCAGACUGCCUGUCGCAGUGCUCCUCGUGUGCGGUAAAGACCCAGCAUGGGCCCAAACCCAUCAACCCCCUGAUUUGCUCCCUGCAAUGCCAGGCUGCCCUGCUGCCCUCUGAUGAAUGGGAGAGAUGCCAGAGCUUUCUGUCUUUUUUCACCCCCUCCACCCUUGGGCUCAAUGACAAGGGGGACUUGGGGAGCAAGUCGGUUGGGGAAGGUCCCUACAGUGAGCUGGCCAAGCUCUCUGGGUCCUUCCUGAAGGAGCUGGAGAAAAGCAAGUUUCUCCCAAGUAUCUCAACAAAGGAGAACACUCUGAGCAAGACCCUAGAGGAGAAGCUCAGGGGUCUCUCUGGCGGGUUUGGGGAGGGAGCAGAGUCUGAGCUGAUGAGGGAUGCCCAGCUGAACAAUGGCGCCAUGGAGACUGGCACACUCAAUUUCGCUGAGGAGGACCCCAAGGAGCAGGUCAAACGCUAUGGGGGCUUUUUGCGCAAAUACCCCAAGAGGAGCUCAGAGGUGGCUGGGGAGGGGGAUGGUGAUAGCAUGGGCCACGAGGACCUGUACAAACGCUAUGGGGGCUUCUUGCGGCGCAUUCGUCCCAAGCUCAAGUGGGACAACCAGAAGCGCUAUGGCGGUUUUCUCCGGCGCCAGUUCAAGGUGGUGACUCGGUCUCAGGAAGAUCCGAAUGCUUACUCUGGAGAACUUUUUGAUGCAUAAGCACCUCUCAUCAUGGAGUAGAGU